UGCUGCUCGAGUGAAAUGGAGAGGCCCGCUGCUGCUAUGGUGAGGGCUCGCUGCUGCUCGGUGCUCGAUUUAUUAGACUCCUGGCUGCUCCCGGUUACUCUCGGAAAUGGCCCGGCCCGCUGUUGCUCUCAACCGUGCCCCGUCUGCUCCCAGCCCUCCUCUGUCUGUCAGGUGGUGCUCGAAAUUGCUCCCGCCGCAAACAAAGCUCGUAUCGCCGUGAAUGGUUCGACCUCGCCGCUGGUGGCUCGACCCGCCGGAAAAGAAGACGAACCUUCUCCGAGAACAAGUCGUCGGACAGAGCUCGGGCCGUCGCUGACUGAAAUUCGCUGGAAUCGGUCGCCUGAAGUCGGCCUCUUAGAAAUUCGCUCUCGUCGUGGCUGCCUGGGGAGGGAUAACGAAGGAUCGGAUGAACGGCCGGAAGCUGCUGCUCAUCACGGCGGGCCGCUUUGCUGUUCGGAGAUGGAGUCCCGCGGCUAUGGUGGAUUGACGGAAAGGGCUGAGAUUGGCGGUUGGAAGCUGGGAUCUGCAGCUGCUCGCGAUUUUGCCGGAGAAGAAAGACACGACGGCGUGUGGCGUCACUGGAGGAAAUCGGCAGUCCUCGGCAACCUUCGGUCGGAGCUUGUCUUUGCCGAGAAGAGGGAGAGGUGA